CUGCAAUUAACUAUUAAUCUGAAGGGUGAAUCUGCAGGGUUUAGUCCUUUUUUCAGUACUGGUUUGAACAAGGAAGGAACCUGAAAUGAGUUCUCGAAGUUGUGUUCUGUUCUUCUUGAUUCUGAUAUCGAUUUCUCCGAAGUGUCUGUCAUGGCCUUCAUGGUUUUCCUCUUCCAAAGAGUCUAAUUGUGCUACUGAUAAACCUUCUUCAUGCACAAAGGAUCACUCCAAUGGUUUUGCUGCUAAAUUCUCCUUGGAAAGUCCGAAGGACAUGAAAGCGUUGAAUCGAAUAGAGAAUGCGAAUAAUAAACUGGUUGCCUCGAAUUCCUGCUGGCAGAACGCGUAUAGGCAUUUAUUUUCUGGCUGCUCGGAUAUUAUUGCUACGGAGGAAAAACGACAGAGAUUUGCUUGGCAUCUUAGUGAUUGCUUCCAAAAGGAUUCCGGGAAGACUCCCUUCCCUUACUGUGACACAGAAUCUCCUACUGUUGAUUGUCUCAAGAGAUUAAAUGAGCAUGAGCACAAGGUUUAUCUCGAAUUCUGGCUCGAAACCAAUUCCAUCUGCUACCAAUUACAGGCGCGCGCCUUCAAGCAAGAGACUGAGAGAUUGGUGAAUGAUCUCAAGAGUUCUGCUCAAUAUACUGAAGAGAAACUGUUCAUAAUAGAGGAGAAAUCAGAUCUUCUAUUGCAGAACUCGAACCAGAUUCAUGAUUCUCUGAAUUUAGUCAAUCUUAGAAUCGAAAAUGUUGCUCAAACAUCAAAUAAAGUAGAAGACCACAUGAAUGUCUUGUCUAAGCAUUCGGAGGCAGUUUAUCAUAAAUCUGUUGAAAUUGCGGCGUCGCAAUCGGAGCUGCAAGAAGGCCAAGUGAUGAUGAAUGAUAGGCUCAAGGAAGGGAUGAACAUGCUCGAAAAUGCUUACAGUGAUUUGGGGCAAGAAGUCGAUAGUUUGAAAAUCGAGGCUAUGGAGAUCGAGAAGGAGAUAGGCAAAGUUGGAGAAGCAAUGUCUUCGCGGAUGCAAAAUCUUCAAGAAAAAGCUGAUGAUAUAGGAAACAUGACAGGGAUAUCGCUCGAGAAGCAGAAAGAGCUUCAAGAGGGGCAAUCCACAGCGCUCGAGGGUCUGCAAGCUCUCAACAAAUUUCAGAUAGAAGCAUUAGAGGAGAGCAGGCGAACGUUGCAACAAUUGGUCGAGUAUAGCCAGAAACAACAAGAAGAACUUCGUAAGCGUCAAGAACAACUCCAACAAGUCCAUGAUCACUUGAUUGAAAGUUCUCAGUCUAUAUUAAAAGCCCAAGAAGAAUUUGAAUCGAAGCAAGCAAGAAUGUUCCUUGCACUAGAUAAGCUAUUUGAUCUGCAUAAUGCCAUGUUGCUGGAAUCGCGGGUUAUCAAAGCCUUCCUAAUCUAUUCUAUGCUAAUCCUUGUCAUCUACAUGUUAACCAGCACAAAGCAAACAUACACUGUGAGGCCAAGGCUCUACAUUGGUCUUUGCGCAACAUUGUUGAUAGAAAUCUUAAUAAUUAGAUUCACAACAACUGAUAUCGAACAACAAACAUGGAUUAUUAGUCGUUUCAGAUAUAUAUACUUGGGACUUGCUGCCAUUCAAUUAUUGUACGCGAUUUGUACGUACAGGGACUAUGAAGUGUUGAAUCAUAAGCUGUUGCAGUCGCUGAUUGAGAAGGUAAAUAGCAUUCAAAGAAAGGAAGAUCUGUCAUGGGACAAGUAUAGUGAUGAUGAUGAAGACAUAAACUGGUCUUCAUGGAUUGAUAGUGAGUUACCAGAGGAAAUAGAUAGUUAUGAAGAUCCUGACUACAUAGUUGCUGAAGAAGUUGGAGAGAAUUCAAUCAUGACCAUGGCCAUGACGAGAUAUAACCUUCGUCAUCGCCAUAAUGGUUGACAGUUUUCUUGUGUUCAUUUUUAUGGUCAUAAUUAUUGAAGGACGAAUGAAGGCGUUAGAUGAAUCUGA